AUCUUGUUCUAAUGGAUGUAAUUGAUUGGUUGUUAUAUUUGGCAUGUCUGGUUGGCCGUUUUCUGUAUGGCGGCUGGGUUCUAAUUGUCUUGGGAAAUGGAUCUAUCUUACCAGAAGGUGGAGUCUGUAUAGUGAGUAGCUGA